AUGGUGCUUUUUAUGUUUUGUACAAGACCAUUAACUCAAUCUCGAUAUUUAUUACAAAAACAAAGGCAUAUCUUUACAAAGACAGUAUUAUUUCCUUUACGUUGUCGGUCAACAUGGGUUUUCUGUUCACUUUUUGGAUUUUCGUUUUUUCCGGGUUAUUUUAUGUAUAGAAACAUUUUUCAUUCAGCAAAAUGUGAUGCAACAAUAUCACAAGAUAUUCAUGAUAAUACGCAUACUACUUUAGUAAAAACAUCCUCAAGUACUGUUCCUUUUUUUCCAAAAUUUAUAACACCGGAUUCGUCCUCAGAACAGUACAUUUUGCUUGGUCUUGGAACAAGAACGGUAACUUUUCUUGGCAUCAAGGUCUAUGUUGCUGGUAUAUAUAUUCCAAGUUUAAGUCUUCCUAAAGUUCAAAGUAUUUUACAAAAAUACAUAUCAGAAGAACCAAACAAUAGUGCUCAAAAUUUGUCUAUACUUAUGCAGGAUUCAACCAAAAGUAUGUCUUUGAUAUCAUCUUUACUCGAAUCCAAAGUAAAGUUUAUCAUUCGUAUUGUGCCGACAAGAAAUACAAAAUUUUCACAUCUUAGAGAUGGAUUUAUUCAUAGAAUAUCUAAUCAAGUACAAACUAAAUCAACAGAGUACUCAUCGGAUGAUCUCGUAUCUUUUAAAUCAAUAUGGCCAACUCAGCAAAAAUUAUUAAAAGGGGAAGAACUUCUAUUAUUUAUCACUAACACACAUACAAUUCAAAUGAUCUAUAAUAGCCAAAAAAUUGCAACAUUCAUAGGCAACGAUGCUAUUGUUAAAUCAAUUUUAUAUAGUUACUUAUGUGGCAAACAUAUUAUUAGCGAAGAAAUUCGGAAAAAUACUGUCCAAGGGUUUAUUAAUCUCGUUUUGGAACCCUAA